GUACGACAAGACCUAACGCCCAGCGGAGUCGAUAUUGGCAGCUCAACAGACACACGCCUACAGCGUCUCCAUCCAAGUGCGAAGUGCUGCAUCGCUGCUCUGCUGGGUGGGACCUACAUGUUUAAAAGCGGCGCAGGCCGGCUGGCUGCCGGGGUAACCCCGGCGUCAUAUCGCGACUGUGACGAGCACUUCGAUUUCAGCUCGACUGCAUACCUGAAGUACCAAAGUUCCAAGCCAAGGAAAAUCGACGUGGCGAAAGCUCUGCACCAUGUUGAUGCCUUCAUACAAACCGAAACGGCGGACAGCGGAUGCAGAUACUUCUGACAGCUCAAGCCAUUCUAGAGGGCGACCUAUGAAACGAACUUCUGAGCUGAAGCCAUCACUGGGAGCACGAAGACAGCGAGCCAAAAUCAUGCACGCACAAGCCACUGCCGACAUGAGUAGCACACGCCAGACUGAGCUGUCGACUCUGGAGUCACUUCCUGUUGAAAUUAUUCAGCAGAUCUUUUUCCAUUCCUUCGAGGUCAAUAUGCCGCGUGCUUCGCCAUACCUGGCCCACGCGCUCUCAAAUCCUUCCAUAUACAACGCCUUGAUUCUAUUCGCUUAUUUCUAUGAUGACGAAGAGAGUCCUGUCGAGACUCGACACUUCUUACCAGCUGAAUAUCGACAUGUCAACCUCUUCGAUAAAAUCCAAUUGCAGCAGGGCAUUCUGAGCUGCAGGUGGUGCACGCUGGCGCGGCUGAAGUCAUGCAUGCCAGCCCUGAGUCGUCUUCAAAUGGUGCAGGCCUGGCACCGCGAGCACAAUGCUGAAGAGAGAUUUCAACUGGAGCCCGAAGCACUCUCAUCCCCACUCGUUUUCAGUACCUAUCUCGGACUAUCCGCAACUCUGCCCGAGCUAGCUGACGAUGUCGGCAUGGAGACACAUUUUCUUGCGAAGUCUUUUUCGCCGGAUGACAUCUCAGCCCUCCUUCCGCCACCGCCACCGCUAGGCCAAGCACAUCCGUCUAAUGCUACUGAAAGGCUCCCAGUUGGUCCUGUCGGCGACGCAGGAACACUUCCGCGAAUCAUGUUGUGGCAGUCCUCGGCUGAUAAGACUGGCCGACUGCGAAAGACCCUAUAUCUAGGUAUGAGUACCAUGGCGGUCCACGCGAUACCAAACCACGUCCUGGCUGUGCCGGCCUGGACUGAAGAGCGGCUUACCCUCGUUCAACUUUUACGGCAGGGACUACGGUUUUGGAGGUGUGCGAAUGUCCUGGUGAUCUCUGCGGAAGCGCUCUUCAAGGGAAUGGCUACAGCCAUUCACGAAGGCAACGAAGUUGCAUUGUUGGUAUUGCUGGAACUGCACUAUGCUACGAUGAAAUUGGACUAUACUACGAUGGGCGAACCUGAAGCUGAUGGCACCACAACUCUGAAGAAUCGCGGGAUGGUCGGCCCCUUUGCGCACCCAUUGCCGCUGCACCUAUUCCACCUCGCCUGCGCACGACCUAAACACCAUCAUCCAGGACCCAAUCUGACAGCGCGGCUUGUAUCCCUCCUUCUCCGUGAAGGUCUCGACACGAUUCCUUCUGACGAUCCGUACAUCACACACUGGGCUAUCCAUGCCAGUGAGAGCUCUCCUUCGAGUCAGAUAGUCCAACUGGCCCGCUGGCUGCUCCGAGAUAUGGCGGGGACUACCAUGUAUGACCUUGGUGCGGGCGAGCCGUUAUUUGCAAACGGGAAAUUAACACGGACGCAAGAGCGGAUGACUUUCUCUUUCUUGCCGUUCCCUGAUGUCACAUUUACCCAGGAGGCUGGGUACCUUUGUGGGGGAGCAACCCCAGCGACGCCCUGUGCACCCGAUGGUGCGCCUUGUGGUUGAAUGGUCCAGUUGGCUGCAAGAGGGCCAGUGCCUGGAAAGAUCAAGGCCGCAGCCGGCAGGCCUGCCUCGCCUUCUGGUAUCGAGAUCGAUCACAACCGAACACCGAGCAGGGCAUGUUGCGCCCAGAAGUGCAAUGAUGGCCAUCAAGCUGGGCAGCAACUUCAUUGGGUGAGCAUACGCCCCAACCCUAUUUACAUUUCGGGCAUGGCAAUAGCCAGAUUGAACCCCCCUUAAAAACAGUUUUAUGACAAUGACGGCACGAGACAAUGGUGAUAUGAUGUCGAACGCAUUCGAUUUUGGGUCUCUUAGCGCUGGACGUUGAGUGCAUCCCACUCUCGAGGUUGCGGUCUCUUAUUGGGAACGGACAUUACUUUUCUUUCGGGUUUCAGAGGCCUUACAAAAUACCUUCCUUUCCAAUAGGUGGCUUUCAAGUGAAUCAAACUUUUCCUUUCCCUA